UCCCGCGACGCGCAGGCGCGGCGCCGCGCGCCGGCCGGUCGGUUGGUGGGAGGGUCGGGGUGCGCGCGCGGGGGCGGCCUGCUCGCUUCGGGGCUCGGCCGACCGAUGGGGAGGAGCGCGGCGGGCGGGCAGCCGCUCCGGCUGGCCGGGCUGGCCGUCCUUCUCUGCGUCGUGCCCGGUAAACCUGAUGAGUUUGCUGAAACUACAGGAAAUACCCACCAACUCUCUGGGCAUAAAAUGAUCACACAAAUUUAUGGCAACAGCAACAAACCAGUAAAAGUUUAUGUGAAGAUGUACACUGAUAGUCCGUCUCUUCUCUGUACAACUGAGGAACUGUCAGAAAAAGAACUAGUAGAUCCGUAUUUCAUAUGGAUCGGCCCAACAGGAAGAAACAUAAAAGGGGAGCCCUACACCAGGAUAUCUGAAACUGGACGACUUAUAUUGAAAUCCUUUGAAAAGUCCAUGUCAGGAGAUUACACCUGUACAGUUUCCUACAAGGAUGUGGAUGAGAACAAGGAGGUGUUUCUUGAUAUGAAGUUUUCGGUGUACGGCUUUCGUGAACCAGACUAUUCAUUUAAGUUCUCAACGCGUUAUCACACUUAUGAAUGCCAUGAUCCCGCCAAUCAUCACUUCUUUCGUAAGUUCAGGUCAGUGGAAAAGGAGCUAAUUACUGACCUGACCUGUAGGAUAACGGACGUAGAGAUGAAAUGCCACGUUGUCAAAGUACCGCAUGAAGGAUUAGUAACCGAACUCUUCAUUACAUUUAAACUAGAUCCUUUUGGCUACGGAUGGGAAGAAGUUUGCAAAAAGUUCAUACACGACUGUGAGGAUGAAACAAACAAAAGGGUGGAGAAGGCACGGAGGCGUAUCGAGGCUUUCUUCAAGAAGCAGAGUAUUGCCCUUAACCAUAUGAACAGCAAGCCGACAUUCUACUACAUUGAGAAUUCCCUGAAAACAACCCGAGUGGAUCAUUGUCGGCCAGGUUUCGGGAAAAACAAGCUAAUUCAUUUGGAUUGUUCUGAAUGCUGUGUGGUAUGUGAUCAUGGAAUGUACAGCCCCACCAAUGAUGUCUACUGUAAACCAUGCUCCAGCGUCAAGAUUAAUUACUACGGCGCAACGGCCUGCUAACCAGAGCCGCCCUCUUCCACCUUAUAUUCAAACUCCCCCACAAACCCAGUAAUUAUUACCCUUGAAAGAUCUGUCUGUGUACAUCUGCUCUGUUUGUGAGAUCUGUGUUGCUGAAAGAUCUGGUUUUGCACAGGUUGAUGGCGAGGUCUCCUCUGCCAAUUGGUUACUGGCAACAUUUGUGCAAGUUUAAUGUCUCUAUUCUCCUAGCCUCUAACGUUAGCAUCCAGAGGUCCUGUCACCCAAUCAAACACUGAUUAGUAAACUAUCCGUGAAAGAUUAGGAAGUCUGAAAAACUUCCUUUAAAAUACCACAGAUUUUGAAGUAAACAGAAUGUAUUUUGAAAAUAAUUCUCUCUAAAGCUGAAUGCCCACUCUUUCAGUGUGUACAUGUCAACUCUGUUGGCAAAUUGAGAUCAUCGGUACGUGUCAGAAAGCGCUGGAGCAAUCACCAUUUUCACUGAAACACGACACGUGGAAUCGUCUCUGAAAAAAUGACAGUCUGUGGUGUUCUAUAGCUUUACUGAGCAGACAAGGCUGUGAGUAUGGGCCAGCAGUUAUUGUCCUGUCAAAGAUUAAACAUACUUUAACCAAUUUGGGGCUGGCCAAACCUUGAGAACUGAUUUAUCAUGAUCUGCUGUUUCUAAGUCAAUGAAAACACAGACAUAUAGUUUGUAAUAAAAAUGUACUUUGCAACAACUUUUAUUUGUGUUUUUGACAAUAAAUACCAGCCAUUA